UCUGUCUGUCUGAAAAGAAGACAGAGUAGAGAAAAAAAACACACAUUUUUUUCCCUCACUGAAUCUCUCCUUCCUUCUCGCUCUGUCCUGCGUGCUCCCCCCGUUCUCAAAAACAUGAAGGAAGAAAGAUUAGAAUCCGGCUGGACGAGUGUGGAGAAGGGAAAGUUUGAGGACAGCUUUUAAAAGAAAACGAAAGAGAGAGAGGGAGACAAUAAUAGGCGGAUGGAAUGAAGAUAGGCUGCUUUACAGCCAUUCAACGCAAUUAAACGAGACAUACGCGCUGCGCACAAGAACGCAGUUACUCGACUCUUCUCAACGUGAGACUUUUAGAAUUAUUUUAGGAUAGCUGAAUACUCCAACCUCGACUAUUAAGAGACACAUAAUCGUAUUUACUAAGUCCUAGAGCUGCAAGUCACAGCUCAUCCCGGAAAAGGACUUAGCCCCGAGGACCAAGGGGCAGUGACUAGGGCAGGUCGCCGCACCCGGAGUUUAGGCGUUGCCACACGGCGUUGACCCGGAGCCAUGGCAGGGGCGAAGCCCGGAGUCCACGCUCUACAGCUCAAACCUGUGUCGGUUCACGACAUACUAAAACGGGGGAGCAAGUUUAUCAAAUGGGACGAGGAGCCCAACAGCGGUCACCCCACCCUCAUCACUCUGAAGGUAGACCCAGAUGGAUUCUUCCUUUACUGGACUGGUGGAGCCAACAUGGAGGUGGAGAUUCUGGAUAUCAGCCAGAUCAGAGACACCAGAACUGGGAAGUUCGCCAAACUACCAAAGGAUGCGCGUGUUAGAGAGGUGCUGGGAUUGGGUACACCAGGCGAGGGCGGCGUUGCCGUGGAGGGGAAGCUGGUAACGGUCGUCCACGGCAACGAUCUGGUCAACGUAUCCUUCCUCAACUUCCAGGCCAUGCAGGAAGACACCGCUAAGGUGUGGACAGAGGAGCUCUUUAAACUAGCCACAAACAUUCUGUCCCAGAAUGCAUCUCGCAACACCUUCCUCCUCAAAGCGUACACCAAGUUAAAGUUGCAGGUGAAUCAAGAUGGAAAGAUUCCAGUGAAGAACAUUCUCAAGAUGUUCUCUGACAAGAAGAGAGUGGAGACUGCGCUGGAACACUGUGGUCUGGUCACCAACAGGGCAGAGGGCAUUAAGCCAGACGACUUUACUUGUGAUAUGUUCCAGAGCUUUCUCCACAGUCUCUGUCUCCGACCUGAGAUAGAACGCAUCUUCGUAGAGCUUGGUUCUAAGGGGAAGCCCUUCCUGUCCCUGGAUCAGCUGACAGACUUUAUAAACCGUCGUCAGAGAGACUCUCGUCUCAACGAGGUGCUGUAUCCUCCGCUGAAGAGAGAGCAGAUCAGACAGCUGAUGGAGAAAUACCAGAGCAAUGCCAGCCAGCUGGAGAGAGAUCAGAUCAGUCUGAUGGGGUUCAGCAGGUAUCUAGGAGGAGAGGAGAAUACUAUCGUCCCUCCAGAGAGACUGGACAUCAUAGAUGAUAUGAACCAGCCCCUGUCCCACUACUUCAUCAACUCCUCACACAACACCUACCUCACAGUUGGUCAGCUGACAGGUCUGUCGUCAGUGGAGAUGUAUCGUCAGGUGUUACUGACCGGUUGUCGCUGUAUAGAGCUGGACUGUUGGAAGGGACGGCCGCAGGAUGAGGAACCUUACAUCACACACGGCUUCACCAUGACCACAGAGAUACCCUUCAAGGAGGUGAUUGAAGCGAUAUCAGAAAGUGCGUUCAAGACCUCUCCCUAUCCCCUCAUCCUCUCCUUCGAAAACCACGUUGACUCGGCGAAGCAGCAGGCCAAGAUGGCGGAGUAUUGUCGAAGUAUCUUUGGAGACGCCCUUCUCAUCGACCCUCUGGAGAAAUACCCGCUGAUCCCAGCUCAGCCCUUACCGUCGCCCCAGGAGCUGCUGGGUAAGAUCUUGAUCAAAAACAAGAAGAAGCACCACAGAGCGUCCACCAGGGGCAGUCUGGGGAGGAGGACCGGAGAGACGGACAGUCUGAGGAGGAGGACCGGAGAGACGGACAGUCUGGAUCAGGCUUCACCUCUUAACGACUGUCAUUUCAGUGACAGUGAUGGAGGCCAGCUGCUAUCCAAUGGGGAAGAGAGGCUGGCAGGCAGGCUGGUUAAAGACGGAGAUCCUCGCAAAUCUAUUGGAGGGGAGGGAGAAAGUGAUGAGGAGGAGGAAGAGGAACCAGUGGCUGAAUUGAAGAAACCAAACUCUGAUGAGGGUACUGCUAGUAGUGAGGUGAACGCAACAGAGGAGAUGUCUACUCUGGUCAACUACAUAGAACCUGUCAAAUUCAAGAGCUUUGAGGUCGCAAACAAGAGGAAUAAGUAUUUUGAGAUGUCGUCGUUCGUUGAGACUAAGGGUAUGGACACCCUGAAGAGUGCCCCCAUAGAGUUUGUUGAGUACAAUAAGAAGCAGCUGAGUCGUAUCUAUCCCAAGGGCACCAGGGUAGACAGUUCCAACUACAUGCCUCAACUCUUCUGGAAUGUCGGCUGUCAGAUGGCGGCACUCAACUUCCAGACUCUUGACCUGCCCAUGCAGUUGAACAUGGGAGUAUUUGAGUAUAAUGGCCACAGUGGCUACCUGCUGAAACCAGAGUUCAUGAGACGGACAGACAAACACUUUGACCCCUUCACUGAGAACAUUGUGGACGGCAUCGUAGCCAACACCGUCAAGAUCAGGGUGAUCUCGGGUCAGUUCCUGACCGAUAAGAAAGUGGGCGUGUACGUGGAAGUGGACAUGUUUGGACUUCCUGCCGACACAAAGAGGAAGUAUCGCACCAGGACAUCCAAUGGGAACAGCCUGGACCCUGUCUGGGAUGAAGAGACAUUUGUCUUCAACAAGGUGGUCCUCCCCACCUUGGCCUCUUUGAGGAUCGCUGUGAUUGAGGAGAAUGGGAAGUUCCUGGGCCAUCGUAUCUGUCCUGUGUCAACAAUCCGCCCUGGUUACCACUACAUCAGCCUGAAGAAUGAGAUGAAUCAACCUCUGAUGCUGCCCUCCCUCCUGGUCUACACCGAGGCUCAAGACUACGUUCCUAAUGAACACCAGGAGUAUGCUGAAGCCUUGACCAACCCCAUGAAACAUUACAGUCUCCUGGUCCAGAGAGACAUACAGCUGGCGUCUCUAAUGGAGGACAACAGUGAGAGUGUCUUUGAGCAGCCAAAGGAGGGAGGGCGGGAUUUGGAGGGUGACGCCCCCCUUGUGAAGAUCCCCUCCCCCCUCCAUCCCGUCCCCGCCCCCGUCGAUGACAUCGUUGACUUCACCAGCUCACCUGGUCCAGUUUCAGGCCAGAAAGAGGAUCUUAUUGCAAUAGUCCUGACAAAUCUCCAGGCUCAGUCUAUUGAAGAGCUGAAACAGCAGAAGUCGUAUCUGAAGCUGUUAAAGAACCAGGGUAAAGAACUCAGAGAGCUCCGUAAGAAACACCUGAAGAAGGUAUGGUCGCUGAGUAAGGAGCAGAAGACUCGCUUUAGCCAGCUCCACUCUGACACACAGAAACAACGCAGUCAGAUGGAGAAACACCUAAAAUCCAGCAUGAAGAAGAAUCAGUCAGCAGAGCCGGUGCAGAGACAGCUGACAGCGUUGGAGGUGGAGCUACAGAAACAGACAGUGCAGCUCAGGGAGUGGCAGAUGGAUGAGCUUCUCAAACUACGACAACAACAACACUCACUGGAGAGAAAGAAGAGACACACACACCUACGAGAGCUGUCUCAGAAACUAGAGGAGACGGCCCAGGAAUGCCAGCCGGCUCAACUGAAAAAACUCAAGGACAUCUGUGCCAGAGAGAAGAAGGAGCUUCAGAAGAUUCUAGACAGGAAGAGGCAGAACAGCAUCAUCGAGGCCAAGAGCAGAGACCGAGACAAGGCCGAGUCGGAACAGAAUGAGAUCAACAGGAAGCAUAUCUCAGACUCUGUCACUUUAAUCCGCCGGUUGGAUGAGGCCCAGUUAAGGCGUCAGGAAAAGUUGGUCAUUGGUCAGAGAGAAGUCCUGCGACACAUAGAGGAGGAGAACCCACUGCUGAAGGCCCGGUUGGAGCAGGACUUUGUGACGGAGCUCCAGCGUCUUCCUGAGGAGAUCUGCCAAUAUCUGCAGACGGUACUAGAGUCCAAAGGUCUCUGCAGCGACGCCCUCUUUUCCUUAUCCAAUCAUAGCAGUCCUAGCUCCAGCUCAGGCACGCCCACCAACUGCUCCACGCCCACUUUACCCUUAACGCCCAAUAGCAGCGCCUGGAACAGGAGCCUAGACAAUGGCAUCGCCUCAGUGGUGGAUUCAUCCUCUUCCUCUACUCCUGUCCAAUCAGAUGUAGAGUUGACCAUGGUGUGAAUUUAAUUAUGUCCUUUUUAUCAUAAUGGUUCUUGGGCUUUAGUUGGUGGAAAAAAGUUUUUUUGUUAUUUUCAUUUUUAAAAUGUGUUUUUAAUUGUAAUUUUAUUUUUUAUUUGAUUAAAUAUCUUAAGAUGUUGAUUUGUUCAAUUCUUCUAUCCAGAGUUUUAGAGGUAGAGACGAAGUAACCAAAGUUUAAAAAAUAUAUAUAUUUUCUGUUAAUUCGUCAGAUUUCUUUGCAUAUGUAUAUUUUUCUCAUCAAUGUUUGUCAGAGAUUUUGUCUCAUAACCACUAUCUGUCCCAAAACUAAAAGUGUAGCUUCCCUUAACCACUAUCUGUCCCAAAACUAAAACUGUAGCUUCUCUUAACCACUAUCUGUCCCAAAACUAAAACUGUAGCUUCUCUUAACCACUAUCUGUCCCAAAUUUAAAGCUGGUGGUUCAACUUGGAGUAGUUUCUGUUUGGACUAUCCGAAUGGUUGGCGAUGUUUUGGCUUUCGAGAUUGGAGGGUCAGGAAAAGGCAAAAAGUUAAUCUCAGCACCAAAAACAUUUGCGACACUCUUGGCUGUCUGUGUUGAGGUGCAGUACACAGAUUGGACCGCCAGAUGGGGGUGUUGUGUCGGUGGUAGUGAGUGGUUUACCCCUCUAUCACUGAGAUUCUCUGCUAU